UUUUAUCUUAGCAAAUACAUUGAAUAUAUGGAUACUCUAUUUCUAAUAUUAGCUCAAAAGUCUGAAAUUGACGUUAAGUGGGUUUUGCAUGUUUAUCAUCAUUUUGUUACACCGAGUAUUUCCUGGUCUGCUUGGCAUUAUCCAGUAUCCAGUUCCUGGCUAGGACCUUUCAGCAAUAGUUUCGUACAUGUUAUCAUGUAUGCCUACUAUGCCACUGCUAUAGUUGAUCAUCGUAUUAGAAAAUGGGCAAGUUGGGUUACAGUCAUUCAGUUGAUUCAGUUCACGGUGGUGUUAAUG